UAUACGCGUAUUAUAACACGCAACACGCCACAUCAUUUUCGAUUGGAAAGAAAUACUAAAUACUCUAAAGGGUACACCAUUCAUUGAUUGUACCUUUGUUUUAUUCGUGUUUACCUUUACGGUGUAUUAGCACAAGUAUACAGUUAAUUCUUUAGAUUGUGAGAAAAGUUACCCAAAGAUAAAUAGUGACAAAGAAAUAUACAUUGACCCGCCAUCUUUCUUGAAAAUUGAACUAGAUAAUGAGUACUGAUAAUUGUGGAAGACUAAUUAAAGAGGAGGAGGAAUGUAAUGCAGUCGGAAUGAUUAUCUCAAAGUAUGAAUCAGAGCCUAAUCAAGUCAAAAGUGAAGAUGUCAUUGAUGUUGUUAAUCAUGAUUUGAAAUGUGAAAGGUACUUGGAAGAAGUUAAGGAAGCCUCACAUUGUGAGGUGUGUGGAGGAGGUUUGUUUAGUCCAACCGAUUUCUUCAGCCCAGAUCAUUCGAAGUUCUGUUGUAACUGUCAAUGCCAGAACAGAAUGCAAGGCGAAGAUAUGACUCUGGAUUUGAAACCACUUACUUCAGAUUUUGGAACCUCUCUUUUUAGAACCCAAGAAGAAACAAUUGUUGUGAAGGAAAAAGAGAUAAUCAAUGAAAAUAUGUCAUCAAUGUCAAGUGAGAAAGAUUGUGCUAUCGAAAGUGUUCGUGUUGUUGAACAAAAAAUUUUACCUGAAACAGAGGAAAUUACCGAAAUACUUAGUUCUGGACACAAUUCAAAUUCGAUUAUAGAUAGUAGAACUCAUGAGGAAAAUGAAGACCGGUCAAAAAAUUUGAAUGAAAGAUCUGAUGUGAAAUGUGUUGAAAAUAAGCGUACAGGGAAGAUCCCACAUAUAAUUUGCAAAAGUAGCUUAAAAUUGGGUGAAAAAAUUCUUACUAACAAAAAAUCAUUUCUGUGUAAAGUCUGUUCUAAAUCAUUCUCUCGGUAUGUUAAUUUGAAAAGUCAUGAAAAAAUUCAUACAGACGAAAAACCGUUCCAUUGUAAAAACUGCUCUAAAUCAUUCAUUCGUUUUAGCGAUUUGAAAGGACAUGAAAGAACUCAUACUGGCGAAAAACCGUUUCAGUGUAAAAUCUGCUUAAAAACAUUUCCUCGGUGUGAUACUUUGAAAAACCAUGAAAAAAUUCACACUGGCGAAAGACAGUUUCAGUGUAAAAUCUGCUCUAAAUCAUUUGUUGUGAAUAGUGUAUUGAAAAGUCAUGAAAAAAUCCAUAAAGGCGAAAAACCGUUCCAUUGUAAAAUCUGCUCUAAAUCAUUCAUUCGGUUUAGCGAUUUGAAAGGACAUGAAAGAACUCAUACUGGCGAAAAACCGUUUCAGUGUAAAAUCUGCUUUAAAUCAUUCCUUUGGUGUAAUACUUUGAAAAACCAUGAAAAAAUUCACACUGGCGAAAGACAGUUUCAGUGUAAAAUCUGCUCUAAAUCAUUUUUUUUAAGUAGUGUA